CCUUGGCGGAGAAUAAUGAGGAGUUCGUGGGGAGCGUGGGCGCCGCGGUCCGGUUCAGUCACUCCUUCUUCGUUCCUUUCCUUCCUUCUCUCUCCUCCGUCUCUCCAGCUCGCUCUUUCUCUCUCUUUCUGCCCUUCCACAGCCGCUUUCCUUUCCCUCUCGCCCGCUGGCAAAGGAGGGAGCGCAGGGAAGCGGAGCAUUAUCCACUCCUUCCCAUCAUUUUCUCUCCUCCUCCUCCUGGCAAUUUUCUCUUCUUUCUCAUUCCUUCCUUUUUGAAUUCUGCUCUCUCUCUCUCUCAUCCUCUUUUUGCUCCUUCGCUGCACACUCCCCAGCUCGGGCAGAUCAAGGCAAGGCAUGGGUUGAUGCCGGGGAGAGAGAGAGAGAGAGAGGAUGCCUUCCUGAACUCCAACACCAUCCAUCCUUCCUGCCGAGAAGAAAAAGAAAAAGUCGGGCAGGCUCCUCUGCACCGCAUUGGCACCAAGGAAGCCGGAGCGACAACGCAGCCGCCUCUCUCUCCCUCUCAAUCUCUCUCUCUCUCUGCGCUUCUCCUUCAGGACGAGGAAGGACGCCGUCGGGGGCGCGGAAGAGAAGCGCUGGGAGGCCGGGGCACAAGGGCAGGCUGCCAGCCUCGACGAAAUCCUCUCCCACCCGCCUGGACCCCUUUCUGGACCCUUUCUCCGCUCCGAGGAGAGGAAGAAAGGCCGGACUGGAGUUUGGGGACGGUGUCAUGGUCCAAGGGGCCCCUCAGGGGAGGCGACGACGGUCCAGCGCCAAGCGGGAGUGGAGAUAGCGCCCCGGUAAGGCCACUCGCCCCUUGCCCCCCUCGGAGAGGGAAGCGCCCACGUCUUCUCACCUUUCUCUCGCCUUUCCUGCCCCCUGCGCUCUGAGGCGACCCUUAUUCUCCCCGCUCGCCCUCGAGGCUCCUCCGCCCGGCCGCCAUGGCGACGCUGAUCCGCAGCAAGCUCUCCAAUGUGGCCACCUCGGUCUCCCACAAGUCCUCGGCCAAAGUCAGCGGGAUGUUCGCCCGCAUGGGCUUCCAGGCGGCCACCGACGAGGAGGCGGUGGGCUUCGUCCACUGCGACGACCUGGACUACGAGCACCGGCAGGGGCUGCAGAUGGACAUCCUCAAGUCCGAGGGCAGCGGCGAGGAGGGAGGCGGCGAGACGCCCUUGGAAGGGGACACCCACUACCAGAGGGACGGCACCGGGCCCCUCCCGCCCUCCGGGUCCAAGGAGCAAGGCCUCGCCGCCGCCGAGCAGGACAGGCCCCGCAUCACCGCCUGGGAGGCCGGGUGGAACGUCACCAACGCCAUCCAGGGGAUGUUUGUCCUCGGUCUGCCCUAUGCUAUUCUUCAUGGUGGAUACCUAGGACUCUUUUUAAUUAUUUUCGCAGCAGUGGUUUGCUGCUACACUGGGAAAAUCCUCAUUGCCUGUCUCUAUGAAGAGAAUGAAGAUGGGGAGACAGUCAGGGUGAGAGACUCCUAUGUGGACAUUGCUAAUGCUUGCUGUGCUCCCAGGUUUCCCGCCCUUGGGGGCAGGAUUGUAAAUGUGGCUCAGAUCAUAGAGUUGGUCAUGACCUGCAUCCUCUACGUGGUGGUCAGCGGCAACCUGAUGUACAAUAGCUUCCCCAACUUACCAGUGUCCCAGAAAUCAUGGUCCAUCAUUGCCACAGCAGUGCUCCUGCCUUGUGCUUUCUUGAAGAACCUCAAGGCUGUCUCCAAGUUCAGCUUGCUCUGCACCUUGGCCCAUUUUGUGAUCAACAUUCUAGUGAUUGCCUACUGCCUCUCCAGGGCACGUGACUGGGCGUGGGAUAAAGUCAAGUUUUACAUUGACGUCAAGAAGUUCCCCAUCUCCAUUGGCAUCAUUGUCUUCAGCUACACCUCUCAGAUCUUUCUGCCUUCCUUGGAAGGGAACAUGCAGAACCCCAAGGAAUUCCACUGCAUGAUGAACUGGACUCACAUAGCCGCUUGCAUCCUGAAGGGACUCUUUGCCUUGGUAGCCUAUCUGACUUGGGCAGAUGACACAAAAGAAGUCAUCACAGACAACUUGCCAUCAACCAUUAGGGCUGUUGUUAACAUUUUCCUGGUGGCCAAAGCCUUGUUGUCCUACCCAUUGCCCUUCUUUGCAGCUGUGGAGGUCCUGGAGAGAUCCCUCUUCCAAGAUGGAGCCAGGGCCUUCUUCCCCAAUUGCUAUGCAGGGGAUGGGAGGAUUAAAUCCUGGGGGCUGACCCUUCGGUGUGCAUUGGUGGUUUUCACCCUGUUGAUGGCCAUUUAUGUCCCACAUUUUGCCCUCCUGAUGGGGCUCACAGGGAGCCUCACAGGUGCUGGUCUCUGUUUCCUCCUUCCCAGCCUCUUCCAUCUCAAGCUUUUGUGGAGAAAGCUCUUGUGGCACCAUGUCUUCUUUGACGUGGCCAUUUUUGUAAUAGGUGGUAUAUGCAGUGUGUCUGGGUUCAUUCACUCUUUAGAAGGCCUCAUCGAGGCUUUUAGAGACAAUACAGAAGACUGAAAUCUGGACUGAGCUGGUUUUAUUCAGAAGUGGAGGAAAGAGAAAGAGAAAUCACACAGAACAUCUGCAUAACCAAUUGUUGAGGCAUCCCCAUGAAAGAGAAAUGUUGUUAUUUUAGUGAAAUAUUCCCAAACAAUUCUAUCAUCCAACCUUCAGCAAAGUUUCCAGACCAAAAACUUACUCUGCAGACUUUUUAAGUAAACUACUGGGGAAAGGAUAUAUAGAUAUAUAUUUUGUAUGAUUUAGAUAUUAUCAGAGAGAAAAUAUUGGAAUUAUUUCCCAGUCCCAUUACACUCAAUAGUCUAAACUGUCUAAUCUUUAUAAGGAAAGUCAAAUGUUCUAUUUGGAAAUAGUGAAACAUUUUGCAAAUGUAUGCAAUUGAGUCUCAUUAAGAAAAAAAAUAUGUCAGCCCAAUUGUUUGGAGUCACUGUGCUGAAACAUAUCAUUUGGUGAACCUUUAUGUAAGAUCUAGACUGUAAAUGGCCGUGAUGACCAAUAACGUCUUCAAUGGGCAGUAGUGUUUACAUUGUAUAUUAAAUAACAAGUAAGGCUGGCUUAAUACUUCCAUACCAACUCAUGUCCCAAACCAGCGCUUCCCAUUUUUGAUUAAGAAACCUGGCCUCCAGUGAGAUCAGAGACUUGAAGUUCAGUUCUGGAUUGGAACUUUUUUCCUUUUUAAAUUACAAAAAAUAGAAAAACAAACAGAUAGAUAAAUCAGUGGAUUUCAAAAGUAUUCUGGAUAUGAAACCAACACACACACACACACACACACACACACUCAAACAAGAAAACCAUUCUGUGCAACUACCAGAUCUGUGGAGCUGUUUCAAAUGUAUGUGUGCUGUAAUUGUGGUAAAUAAGAUGACAAAUGUAUAUCAGAAAAUUUAUCUUUAACAUAUAAUGUGAUACAUAAAUAUAUCAAACAAUAAAGAGAAACCGUAAUAA